AUGGUCUAUUGCGCCGCGGAAGCCGGUCUCAACCAGCCUGCCAAAUCAGAUAUUGCUUUCCCACACCAGGUUGAGCUCAAAGCCAAUCUUGAUGAAGUUAAGGCGAAUCUGCGAGGAUUGAAAAACAAGCCCGGUACAACGCAGCCUGCGGAUGUGACCAGUUAUAUUCGGAAGAAGCCAGGCUAUGCCAACAACGUCGUCAUGACUUAUGCCUUGACACAAAAAAAAUUUUAUGUUCGAAUCAACCUUGUCCAACGCCAUCCAGUGGAAGAGCUUGUGGCUGAAUUAAAACUGAGAAAGACCAUCUCCAAGGAACAGGUCCUGCGAGAAAUGAAAAACAGGGCGGACGAUACAGAUAUUGUUGCCACAUCCAGCGUCAUGUCAUUGAAAUGCCCCCUGUCCACUCUUCGAAUCGAGGUACCAUGUCGCUCUCUGAAGUGCACGCAUAAUCAAUGCUUUGAUGCUUCCUCUUUUUUGCAAUUGCAAGAACAAGCACCAACUUGGUCGUGUCCUGUAUGCUCCAAAGCGACGAGUUUUGAAUCGUUACAAAUUGACCAGUACGUUGAUGAUAUACUCCACUCAACAUCGCGGGACAUCGAACAGAUUGUCAUCGAGCCCGAUGGCACAUGGUCAGGACCCAAGGAUGAUGAAAACGGGACAGCAGGAGGCGUUACUCCCGCGUCAUACGACGACUACGACGCCGAAGAGAAGGAAGAAGAGGAUGAUGACUUGAUAGAAAUCGAAGAACCCGGAGUCCCAAUUGUUAAACGGGAAUCCCUCCCCAGUCGCAAUCUAACCCUACAACGGACGCCGGUUCAGUCACGAGAACCUUCUACCGCAUCCUCUAUAGCUCGUCUGUCCACGAAUAAACGCCCCGCAGCUCAGGUCAUUGAUCUUACCGGUAGUGAUGACGAGGAGGAAUCACCUGUGAGGCCAACGAAACGUCCGGCAUUGAGCGUGUUCAGCCGUUCUUUGCCGCGACCAGGCUUUCGCGGUUCGUACAACGGGGAAGCUGUCAAUGGCAAGGUUAACUCGUAUGGAAGUCAACAUAGCCCAGAAUCAUCCGGGCGCAAUGGUGGUUAUGACACAUGA